CCACCAGCCUUCACUCUAUGGCGGGGCAUGCAUUUUGAAGCCCAGUAAUCGCAAGUUUGAGUGAGUGACCUACACAAUCCUUCCAACCAUGGCCGAAGACCCAGCAGAAGUUGAGAGACUCAUUCUCUCACUGUACCAACCGAAUCCUCCCGAAGUGAUUGCUCAGACACAAGCAACCUUAUCUCGUCUUCAAGGUACUCCAGAAGCUUGGGGCCUUGCCCGUAUCUUAUUGGAGAAACCUGAUCAACAGGUCAAGUUCUUUGGCGCACUCACCAUCGUCAUCAAACUCAAUAAUGAGAGGUAUUCAUGUCUUUGUUAUUGUUACUGGCCUCUCACUAAUCCUCUCUGUAGCUCAUCCCUCUCACCCGAAGAUGCAUCUGAGCUGUUACUAUUAUUGAUAAAUCAUUACCUGGAUACGCUGCGCAGUCGAAGCUCACCGUUGGUUGCCCGUAAACUCGCAUCAGCCCUUGCGACCUUCUUCAUCAACUUUCACCAACUAUGGAGUCGUUUCGUCCGUCAUCUCAUAUUCUGUUUAGUCUCAGGCCAGUCGUGUCUACCAAGUGCCCUCGAUGAAGGGCCCGAUACGGCUUCGCUUAUAGAGCGCAUGGAGCCAUCACAAGCACAGGCUGCUCUUUGGGUAUUGACUAAUGUUUUCGAUGAGGUUGCCAAGAUCAACCUGAACUCCGUGCAAAAUAUUGGUAUCUAUGGUUCCAUCUUGGAGAACAGCUCCGAUGCAGUGGCUUUGAUGAGUCGCAGCAUGUCACCCCAAACGACAACGGAAGAAGCUCAUGAGGAUGCAAUCCGAUGCCUACAGUCGUGGGUUUGGUUCGCUCAAAAGUCUUCAUCCAAGGAUACAAGACUCUCGGAACCCAUCGGACCCUUGAUCACGGCAGUCAUCACUUCUCUGACAGUUGACGAGCUUUACAGCGUGUCAGUUGAACUAAUGGUGGAUCUCUUGUCCAACUGUUUAAUGUUCCUGAGCGAUACCCAUUUCGACAACCUUGCUCAGCUCUUUGACUCCCCCUGGUCCCAUCGUCGCUAUGAGAAAUUAGUCCAAGGAGACUUUGAGUUUGACACUCUACAAUAUGGCCUACUCUUGCUGGCUUUUGGGGAGGCAAAAAUCGAAAAGUUCAUGCAGAGCGAUGAUAGUCGGAGUCAGAAACUGUUGUCAAACCUGUGCGGUCUCCUUGCUGCGCGAGGAUAUAUUGUUGAGGAAGACAGGAUAUUUGUUCCGGCUCUUGAGUUCUGGCUGACUUAUGCCGAGACCUUGACUGAUCUAACGUACUCAGACGAGGAGUCAACCGGAACCUGGGUCCCCCAAGCUCGCUCCCACCUUCUGCAAGCUGUAUCGAAUGCAUGGCAGAAGAUCAUCUACCCACCUGCUGAGGAAUUCCUCUCCUGGGACUCGAGCGAACGGAUAAGUUUCCAUGACGCAAGAAAAGAUGUUGUUGAUCUUCUGCAGUCUGUCUUCACCUUGGUAGGACCACAGCUUGUGUCUACAUUUGCGGACCUUCUUCUGAAAGCUUUGUCUGAAUCGUCGUGGCCUCAGCUCGAAGCAGCGGCCUUCUGUCUGGGUGGACUUGCCGAUUGCAUCAGCGAGACAAACAGAGGCGACGAUGCACUAUCAGUGGUUUUCAAAUCAUCCCUGUUCGCGAUCUUGCGUUCAGGCCAGUCUGAGAUCCCUCCCAAAGUUCAGCAAACGUGCGUCUCCCUGAUCGCCCGCUAUACAGAGUACUUCGAGCGAAACGUUUCAGAGCUACAUACCGUUCUCAACUUCAUUUUUGGUGUUGUGGGAGAACAUGCAAUGGCCAAUGCUGCAGCAAAGUCCAUUCACAGGUUAUGCGGGUCUUGCCGAGGCUAUCUUCAUACAGAAGCCAAUAGCUUUCUCAACGAGUAUCAGAAUCUAGUAUCCGGAAGACGACUUGACUGUGGUGCUAGCGAGAAGGUAGUCGGUGGUAUUGCAUCAGUCAUUCAAGCGAUGCCUGAUUCAGACCAGAAAUAUUCAGCGUGUGGUCGACUUCUCGAGUUUGUUCAGGCUGAUGUCCAACGUUCCCUGGGCCUUCUUCGAUCCUACGAUGGCAGCCCUAUGCCCUGCUGUGCUGUUUACACCUGUUCAUAUGCUGCCCCUGAUGAGAGCCCUGCCCUUCAUACCGCACUGAAGUCUCUAAGAUGCCUGGCCAGCAUUGGCAAAGGCCUCCAAGCUCCGGCCGAGCUGUCAGUUGAUCUGGAGAGUAGUAGGGCCAGCACUCGAGUCGUGGACCCUCAUCUUGCUCAACUCCAAGGAAGCAUCAUGUCGAUGAUUAGUCAGAUCCAAGAAGCUUUCAACACCAGCGGGGAGGUUGUUGAGCUUAUCUGCAGUGUCCUGCGCAGUGGGUUUUCAGAAUCCGAACCUGGGCCAUUUGUACUGCCACCACACAGUGUUGCGCAGUACUUGACGAACCAGAAUCUUCAAACUCCCAGAGUUGGCCUGCUAGUUAAGACCGCUUGUUCUUUUGUCAGUUCACUUGAACAUGAUGGACUUGACAACCAGCAAGACAUGCUAAACUCUGUACUGCUUUGGGUAAUUGGACUGCUUAAACAACUACCCAACUACGAGGCAGACACCGAACUUACACAAAACGGCAUUGACUUCGUAACACGACUUUUGAACAAGCGCCCCAUCACUUUACUUCGUCUACAACCUUCCGACGCUGCUGAAUUCUUCUUUCUCUUUACCCUCCAAGUAUUGGACGGAAAGGAACCACUCCCGAAAGCAAGUGCAGCAGAAUUCUGGGCUACCUUUGUCAGCAUUAAGUAUGAUUCUCAAGAACUCAAUGAUGUUGCUCAACAAGCUAUGCAAAUGCUGGGACCUUUGCUCUCGCGGACUCUCGCUAGGAACCUCGGGGGCAAUGCUUCCAGAAGUGAGCUUGACAAAUUGAGUGAGCCUCUCAAGAAGCUGGUGUCUCGGUACCCCAUGGCCAAGAGCUGGCUUGAAGCUGGCCUCACACAUGAGACGUUUCCCAGCACAAAAGUCACUCCUCAGGACAAAUCGAUGUUCUUGAAGAAGAUCAUUAGUCUCAGGGGAGCCAAGGCCACAAAUCAGGUUGUCAGAGACUUUUGGCAGUCGGCACGAGGCUCCAAUUUCGCCUACGCCUCAUGAACAAAACAGGAGUUAAAACAAGUCAAUAGAAGGACAAUCUAGACCAAGUACUAGGAUGAUUAGAAUAAAAUGAGCACAUGAAGAUACCUUGGGCAUGAGAGUUUAGGGGCAUUGCUAUGCUGCAAAUAUAUUUAUAAUAUGGAAAGAUGAUUCUUCACAAUAUU